AUGAACCAUACAAACACAGAGCCUGGCGAAGAACAUGAGCUGAUAGCCAUCGAGGCGCUCAGCCGGCUGUGCAAUGGUACGAAUGGCGAGACCAGAUUAGAGAAAUCACAUGGUGCGGAGCAAGGACAAGCUCAGCAACACCAAGACGACGGAGAGACGCUACUGUGCAGAAUGCGACAGAACCCGAUAUUCACCAACGCUGUGAGUCUGUACGAGCAGACCAAAUCACACCACCCGAACUUCAGGCGGCGAGCGGAGUUGGUAGAGCGGAGCGCGUCGACGAUGGUGAGGCGCACCAGCGAGCUCUGGGCCCCGCGGGAUGGGGCGAGCAAGCACCGACUGGAGGAGAGCUGCGAGACGGGGACGCCGCUGGACGACGAGGUGGGCCCGUCGCCGCGCGUGUCUAAGCGGCAGAAGAUCAAGGAGAACCUGAAGGAGUAUCGGCUGACGAUGUCUAUAGAGUCGAAGAAACAGCUGAUUACCUGCCUGCACCUGCUGAAGCUCGCGAACCGGCAGCUGUCGUCGACGGUCGGGUCGCUGCAGGACCUGGUGCAGAAGGAGCGGGAGGACAGCGGGCCGCGCGAGCCCGAGGAGGAGGACGGUGAGCAGUACUUUGACGCCUCGGAGACGAUCGUGAGCGAGCGGUCCAAGGAGAUCAAGAUGGAGGUUGUGGGGACGGUGAAGAAGGUGUACUCGCUGAUUUCGAGGUUUGCAGGAAGCUCGCUGCCCGAGCCCGCGCGAAGCCAGGUUCGGGAGACCCUGCUCAAGAUGCCGACGAACUGGUCCUUGACCGUCAAUUCCGCGUCGCGGGAGACGCCCACGAACGCCCGCCUGUCGGCGAACAGCAAGAUGCUCAUUCUGGCGGAGGAGUCUCUGGACAUGGUCAGCAACAUCAUCCAGGUUUUCGACAUGACGCUCGGACGGGCCGAGGAGUGGGUGAAGCACAAGCAGGAGCUCAAGGAGCUGAUCAAGUCGCAGUACAUGGAGGCACAGCUCAAGUCCAAGGUAAAACAGCAGCUGGAGAAGGAGCAGUCCGAGCAACAGCGACACGAGUUGAAGCGCAGCUCUGUAUAG